AUGGAAACACAAACCAGACAACCUCGGAGAAUAAAUCAACUCCAUAGACCCCAGAUAUAUGUCAACCUUGAGUUUGGCGUAUCUUGGUCCCAGGCUCACCUGCCAAACCGCCAUGGCAUUGAGUAUAGAUCAAGGGGCUUGAGAGAUAAGACGGGAGGAGGCUCAUAUUCACGUCAGGUGCCACCACCAAACACCAACUACCUCGAACCGAUCCCUGUUGUUGCCUUUGCCUAUCCAUAUACCGUCGACGAUAGCAACCAACUACAGCUCUAUUAUCACCCUGAUCAGUUCCUGCAGCUGCCUGUGGAUUCAAACUACGAGUUUUACCAGUCAGAUCAUUCGGAACAACAGCAACAACCACAACAUGCCCCUAUUCCUCCUCGUACUUCAUCAUUAGCAAACUCACAGGAAACCCCUCAGCCUGCUUCACAGACAGCCAACAUUACUACUGUUCCGUCUCUGCCUGUAGACAUCGGCACCAGGCCCGCCACACAAACCACCAUCACCUCCAGCCGUGACCCAGCCCCUCGAGGUCGGCAGUUCUCAAAUCCCAGGAGGUUUCAGCCACAGCUGGAGAGUCCUAUAGAAGAGCCCGAGGAGCACAGGCCGUCACGCGAAUCCAGGACACCGGUGCACUCCAGAGGUCGCUCCGCACCACCACCAAUCGCCGACAGCCCCUGGAACGUCCAGGCACAGCCGGCAAUGUUCCAGUUUACCCAGCAGUCAGUUCCUAGUGCUUCAUCACCAACGCAGUCGGCGGGCUCCGUCGCCAUGCAGGGAAGGUCGAUCUCUCAGGGCGAUGCGCGCCUGUGGAAGGCCCUUCCUGAGCCGCCAACCUCAUUCCGACUCGGCGAAGAGGGGAUGCCCUGGGAUGCCCUAUCUUGGCCAAUGGGAUAUGAGCCCGAGGCGGACCCAGAGCAUACUCGCGUGAGCUCCUCAUAUCCUGGAGAGCGCCGUCUACCCCCAAGCUUUCCGACCGCGCCCUCGAGCCGUUACUCGCCACGUGAUGGGAGUGCAAGUAUGACAUAUCUCCCCUACAGCCCAAUCCCCGUUGCAAACAUCCAAAUCACCUCUCCGGUACAAACACCAGGAGUGUCACGACCAUCCGCUACGGCUGUCACGUCACCCGAGGGUCGGGAUUUGGGAGCACUGUCGGUGGCCAUGAUGACCAUUGACAAUGGCUUCGAAUCACAGUGGUGGAACCAAGGCGAGCGCGAGGCCAUCCAGGUCCGCACGGCACCAACAACACCGGUGCUCGGCAAUAAUAACAAUAACAACGACGAAGAAAGCGGGGUGAGAUUCAUCAGCCCUGAUUCUGCCCACCAUCAGCUACGAAUGCAGGACUUCUCGGCUGCUACACUUGGCUGGGCUCUUGCUACACCCCCUCUUUGGCAACAGUCGUCUCGUUCAAACGAUGGCCAAAGUCGUGGCCACCAGCACCAACCAUCGAACGCGCCUAGCUUCAACACGGAGAGCAUAGUGUCGCCCAUGACGCCACCGACGUACUUUAACAUGAGGAGGACGCUUUCGACACGAUCUGACGACGCUUAUUCAACAAUGGGACGGUAUGCGUGA